UGCGUCAUAGACUCAGAUAGCAUGGACUCCUAUGACGUGGCACGGAGGGCGGAGUUGCAAACGCCGGCUGUGCUUUGGGUCUAGGAGCGCGGGGAGCACGCGCCUGUUGAGGUGGCUUCACAUCUGCAGCAAUGUCCGGUGUCAUAAAAGAAAAUAUUCAGCUUCAGAUGGCAGAACUAGAAAUGCUUUUUUCUAUGUUUCCUAAUAAAGGAGAAAUAACUCUUCAUGAUGAAAACACUCUCAAUAAUGUUCAGAAAUAUUUGAAUAAUACAAGUCAGAAUCCCCCACAGAUGAUUGAAUAUUCAGUUUCCGUUACUAUCGAUGAACCAAAGGUAAAAGUGAAUUUGCAGGUAAUUUUGCCUCAUGACUACCCCCAUGUGACACCACAGCUUUUUGCAAGAUCAGAUGCUCUAAACAGGCAGCAGCAAUUGCAGCUCAACCAGGAUCUCACUUCUUACGUUGCUUCUUUGGAGUCAGGAGAGCUUUGCAUAUGCACAGCUGUUCAGUGGGUGCGAGACAACAGCAUUUCAUAUGUACAAAACAGCAAACUCUACUCUGAAAGCGUUCCAGAUGCAAAAACAUUUAAAACAUUAUUUCGCCGGAUGUGGAUUUACAGUCACCACAUAUAUAGACAAGAACUAAGGAAAAAGAUAUUCGAUUGUGCCAAGAAAUUAAACUUGACUGGUUUCUGUCUAACUGGGAAGCCUGGGAUCAUCUGUGUGGAGGGUAUCAAAGAAAACUGUGAAGAGUUUUGGCAUGAUAUUAGAUAUCCCAACUGGAAACACAUUUCCUGCAAACAUGUUGAGAGUGGAGAGACUCAGGCAAAUGUGGAUGACCUACGACUCUUUCAGACUUUUGAAGAUUUACAGUUUCAAGCCCAUGGUGACUAUGGACUGAGGAAUGACUAUCACAUGGAUCUGGGUCAAUUCCUAGAAUUUCUGAAGGCACAUCAGAGUGAACAUGUAUUUCAGAUUUUGUUUGGUGUUGAAGGCAAAUGUUCGGAAAAUUAACAAAAACAACAAUUAAUAAAAAUUUAAAACAUGCAUCUGCCACGAUGAAACAUGAAUGCAGUUGGUGCAACAAAUAAACAGAGCAUGCACACAGAUUCUGAACAAUGUGUACUUCAUAGUUUUGUUCAGAGUGGCCUCAAAGUGUAUCUGAUGGAAAACUGAUGUGAACUAGUUAGAUCCAGGAUGCAUUUUAACACACAACUUCCCUUCAGCCAAGUUCUCAAGAGUCUCAAGCAAAAAUAAUUCCCAGCAAUAUUGCAUAAACAUAAACAUUUUCAUUAAGCUAUAGUUUUUGAAAACAAAUAUUUUAAUUAUCUUUGUUUUAAUAGUAUAAACUGCCUACAUUAAUGAAGAUACAUGAACUUGUCUUUUCGAGCAUACUUACAGUAGGAUCAUGAAAAGAGGCUUCCUGCUAAAUUUUGCAGUAUCUAAAUCUCAUAUUAGAAGAGAGAGAGUUCAAUGUUUUUGUGGGUGAACCACCAACAUCUUGAUGUAUGUGUUUGUGCACAGAUGGUAUUCAUAGAAAAGGUAGGUUUAGGAAUGCUUAUUGUGAUUGUACUAACACAUAAAGAAGGCGGCAGUGUAUAUGAAUUAAAUAAGAGCCAAACUACUGAAAGCGAGAGAUCAAAAUUUUGAACUGAAUCCCGAAUUAUAUACAAUGCCCAGCUGAUACGUCUGGGGGUACUCUUGGAUCCGUCGCUCCAGAUGAUGAAUCAGGUAAAUGUGACGGUCAAGAGCGCCUGUUAUCAGCUUUGGUUGAUAUGCCAGCUGCGCCCUUUCCUAGAGGUUAGGGACCUUGAAAAUGUGGUACACGCACUGGUAACCUCCCGUCUUGAUUUCUGUAAAGGCUACCCUCGUGCUCGUCCAAUCAGUACAGAAUAUGGCAGUCAGAUUGGUCUCAGGCACAACAAGACAAAUCAUAUAACACCAAUCCGAAAAUCACUUCACUGGCUGCCCAUUAAUUUCCGGGCCCAGUACAAGGUGUUGGUUAUUACCUUUAAAGUCUUAAAUGGCUUGGGUCCAACCUAUCUUCAGGGCCACCUCCUUCCGUACAUCCUCCCUGCACACUCAGGUCUGGGAGGAAUUUGCUGCAGCCUAUAAAAACUAGGCUGUAUGUAACUGCCUGGAGGACAUUUUCAGCUACAGCUCCCAGAUUAUGGAACGGACUGCCGGAUGAGAUCCGUCAUAUUAACACGUUAAACAGCUUCAGAAAAGCUGUUAAGAUGGAUCUCUUCUGGCAGGCCUUUCCUGAAUAGACACCUGGCCAAUAGAAGAACCACCUAACUUGUUGGACCCUUUCGCUGCAGUCACUGUUUUUAUUCUGGUUAUUUCUUUUACGUAUGUUUUAUAUGGUCAAUUGUAAAUGUAUUUUAAGGGGGUGGGAUUGGGGGGUAUGGAAUGUAUAUUUUUAAGGUUAUACGCCACCCUGGUUGCGUAGCACAGAGGGACAGGAUAAUAAUAACAACAUGCCUUAAGAUACAACCCUAGUAAUAUCCCACUGAUGCAGUAAUUAAGGGUAGUCCAACACAGAGUUAUCUGACCAAAAUUAGGAGCAUUGUCAUUAAAACAUGAAAGAAAAUGUUUCUGUCUUAUCUGAUGGUGAAAAGUGUCCUGGUCAUGACUGAAACAUGAUGGUCGAGGCAGUGUAGUGGAUCCCAGGGGUAGCCUGAAGUGACUAGAAGUCUAGAGUCAGUCAGUGUUCCAAUAUCUCAAUUUGCAAUCAUUAUUGCUGCCUUUCUUUUUAAAUUUAACUUUAGUUGGGAAUACUCGAAUCCAGGACAGUAUAGAACCAAGGCAAUGAUGGGAACUCCCAGCACAUGCGUAACAAGUAUUCACUCCUCGUUGUCCAGCUUUAUCAAAGAGGACUAUG